UAUAGUCUCAUCUUGGCCAUUUAGCGCCCUUAGACCCAGGCCCCCGACUCCAGUCUUACUUCAGUCUCCCUAGGAUGUGUUAACAGAUACAGCGUACAGAUGGCGGAAGUAAGCUCAAAGAUGACGUGGCUGAAGCGUGGGGGUCGGGUUCGCCCCGGGGACGGCAAGAAGGAGCCCUCACUGGCCAGCUCCAUGGAGUCCCUGACUCAGUCCCAACUCAAUCUGGCCAUUAUGGACAUGUUGAACCUGGGGCAGAACUGGAACAGGUGUGAGGAGGUGUGCAGAGGUAACCCUAUCACUGAUGCCGGGAAGAGACAGCAGAUGGUCAAGAUGUUGGCCGUGGUGCUGAUCCCUGUGAUAGUCCUGACGGGGAUGACGGCCAACACGUUCAUUGUCUCCCUGGAGAGCUACAUCGUCUCCUCCAAAAUCAGCAGAAUUCUUUACUUCAGCAUUGAGCUGGGUAUACUACUGGGCAACAUCCAGAGAGAGCGCGACAUGAGUGCGCUGUACGUCAGUAAUAUAGAGCUGGAGACCAAGGACCUCCUCCUACAGCGCUACCCCGACACCGACAUCGCCAUCCAGAACCUGUCCUCCUGGCCCACCAGCGCCAACAUCGUCAGAGACGAGUUUCAGACCCGAGAGAAGUUUCUGUCCUAUCUCAACCGACACCGCUACCAGCUGGACUCGUACAACAGAACCAUCAAGGAGGAGCUCCAGUUCUAUUCCGACAGCAUCGAAGUCUUCAUCCAGUGGCUGUACGAAGCCAUUGUGGAAACACAAUCCGGAUCAGUCUGGAAAAGUUUGGUGGCGUAUCAGGAGAUCAUAGUGGCCAGCGAGUUUUUCGGGCGGGAGCGAGGACUUGGGGUGUCUUUCUACGCCGUUGGUCGAUUCAAUACAAGGGAUGAGUAUCUGUUAUUUGUAGAAAGCCAAGACAUUGCCAACAUCACGUUCCAGUCCUCCCGUCUCUACUCCGAACUGGCCUAUGACAUGUACGAAGCUCAGUUGAUGAGAAACGCAAACAUCAUAGAACCCAUGCAGAAAAUGAGAAACGAAAUUCGCUCCAACAGAAGUUCGUCGUCACGUGGUUCUGUGGAGCGCGCCAAAUGGUGGUUCAAUAAUAUGACGGUGUAUAUGAACGCUCUCCGGGCUACACAGAGACAACUGGCGACGAAAAUAGAUCAGCUGUUGUCGGAAAGCUCCAAUGACGAUCUGAGAAACGUGAUCACCAUCUGCAUCGUGUUUGGAGUGAUUCUGAUUAUCUGUCCUUUGAUCGUGUUCGCUGUGUAUUCGCUCACAUCGGAGAUUCAGACGUAUUCCAUAUCUAUAGCAAAUCGGACAAAAGCUCUCAAUAAGGAGAAAAAAAGAACAGACACACUUUUAUACCAGAUGUUACCAAAGUCGGUUGCAGAGCGACUGAAACAGAACGAAGUCGUUGAUGCGGAGCAGUUCAGUGAAUCCACCAUCUUCUUCAGUGACAUCGUGGGGUUCACACAGAUCUCUUCCCAGAGUUCCCCGCUGCAGGUGGUCGACAUGUUGAACAGUCUGUACCUGUGCUUUGACCAGCGGAUAGAGAUGUAUGACGUCUACAAGGUGGAGACGAUCGGCGACGCUUACAUGGUGGUGUCCGGCGUUCCUCGACAGAACGGGCGGCGGCACGCCGCGGAGAUCGCCACCAUGGCCCUGGAUCUGUUGGAACACAUCAAUCGUCUGGAAAUUCCGCACCUCCCCGGUACCAAGUUCAGACUUAGAACGGGUUGCCACUCGGGCCCCGUGGUAGCUGGAGUCGUGGGGUCCAAGAUGCCCAGGUAUUGUCUGUUUGGGGAAACUGUCAGCAUUGCGUCCAAGAUGGAGUCGCUCGGAAAAGCCAAUCGCAUUCACAUCAGCGAGACGACGUUUGAGCUGUUGGACGGGCUGGGCGGCUUUGUUAUAGAGGAGCGGAAGGACAACAUUAAGGUAAAUGCAAACGACCGUGACCUUCUCCACGCGUUCAAGGGCACGGUACGGACUUACUGGCUGUUACGCCGAGAGGGGUUCCAGUCGGAGAUUUCCGAUUCCUCCCGAGCCUCCACCCCGGAGUCCGAGGGAACACUGGAGAGGAACGCCGGCAAAACCCUGUUACAACGACAUUAACUAGAAGGCGUAACUAAGCAACAGAAACAAAUACACUACAAAUAUAUUACGUGAUAAUUUUGUGAUAAUUUCUUGACGCGUUUAUUAUCUGUAAAUUGUAUCCGAUAUAUAGUUAAUUUCUUUUUUGAUUGUUCGAUGUACGUAUUUUCAACGAAUUAAAUCAGUUAUUUCCGAUGUUGUAAGUACGUGGUGUUGAUUUAAAUGUACGUUGAAGGAUGAAACUUGUUGUUGGAAUAAGCUAUUAUUUAUUGAAACGGGUAAAUAUUGUAAACCAAUUAUCCUUAAGGAUAAACGAUUAUGCUAUACUUGUAAGUUAUUAGUCAAAAAUGAAAAAACAUAUUGAACUUUACUGUCUUGUGUAUCUUUGAUUUCAGUAUUGUGAUAUUUUGAAUGAUAAAUUAUAGGCAUACUGUGGUAUUGAUCCCAUUAAAAAAUUGUUAAUAAUUCAUGUGAUUAUAAUACUACAAUAACGUCUAUGUAUCUACUUAAAUAAAAGCUUUAUACAGAAAAAAAACAGUUCCAGGGACUAUGAAGAAUUGUAUUAAAUUUUCUUGCAUGCUACCGUAUAUCCAGGGUUUUUUUCGCGUGUCACAAAAUUUGCGAAAAUGGGGAAAAUAUGUAGCAUUUUUUUUUUUGCGUCAGUCAUUUUUUGGCGAUUUUAAAAGUUUCUUAUGGAAAAUAGUAUAGGAUAUAAUUUUUGCGUGUUCAAUAAGAGGUCGCGAAAAAAGCGAAUAAUAGAUCAUCGCGAAAAGUACCGGAUAUACGGUAUAUCCUUUAUGUUAUAGUAUGUUAUAGUAUUCUUUUGUCUGUCGAUCAUUUGAUUUCACUUUGACUGUAUGUCAACAUCGUAAUGUCAAUAAACCAUUGACAUGAAUAGUCAAUUAAACAUCUGUCAUUUUAUAAGCAUGUAAAAAUAAACAACAUAUAACAAUA